AGGCGACGGCAGGGUCCCGGGUCCGUUCCGGCGGCUCGGAGUACAUGACGCGGGAACGGCUGUGUGCGCAUGCGGCUGCGUGUCCCCGCGGCUGCAGCGAAAGCGCAGAUUUCCCGAGGACACAGCUCGGCGAUCGGCCUGUCACGCAGCAAGGAACGGCCGCCAGACGGCACACUAGAAGAAGACCCUUACUUCCUACGAUCAUGCAUGCAUGGUUCUAUGUGCUGGUGGUGUUAGCGAUUUCACACGGUGUAUUACGAGUCGCUAGCACCGACCACAAUGCAGCGCCACAGACGAAAGUCACCACAGUGAUUGGGAUCGACAGAGAACGGGAACAGUCAAAGACCAGCAGCCUCUACAAUCAGCAGGAACCAGAGCGGAUAGGUGAAACGGGCAGCAGUAGGAGCAGUAGUGUUGUAAGCAGUAGUGAUACCAACGAGUAUGAGGAGUACGUCUCCAGGAAGGACGUAGCCCUGGAUGGUGAGAUGGAGGAAGAACCUGCGGAGGAGUCGGAGCUAGAGAACGAGAUCAGUGACGGUGAGCCUUAUGCUAGUGAUGACGCCGACCACUAUGGUGACAGUGCCAGCAGGCCCGAUCCUAAAACACUAGUCGAGAUUGAGAAGAAUCUCCUGAGCCUGUUCGGGUUUCCUAAUCGACCAAAAAUCGAUAGAUCUAAGGUGGUGAUACCGGAGGCGAUGAAGCAGCUGUACGCGCAGAUCAUGGGCCAUGAUCUGGUCGACUCCGUCAGUGUACCAAAGGAAGGACUCAACACGCGCAACGCCAACACGGUGCGAAGUUUCACGCACGAAGAAAGUCACAUAGACGAGCGGUUCCAACAUCAUCAUCGCUUCCGGCUACUGUUCAACGUAUCGAGUAUCCCGCGAGGCGAGAAGCUACGGGCCGCCGAACUCACCCUAACCCGGGACGGUAUCGCACACAGGAGCAGCCGGGCCCAGGCCAGGACACCGCUCCAGUACCAGGUGCUCGUGUACGACAUAGUCCGGCCGGGUGUGAAAGGUAAGCGAGCUCCCACCUUCCUGCUGGUCGACACGAAAUCGCUCGCCAUCAACGAGUCCGGUACGGUCAGCCUCGAUGUGAUGCCGGCCGUAGAACGGUGGCUAAGGCAGCCGCGCAAAAACCACGGCCUGUUCGUGCAGGUGACGGGUCGAGGACGGUCCGGGGUCGGACACAGCCGGCAGCGGCGCAGUGUGCCAGCCGCACCGGUUCAUGAGCACGUGCGGUUACGACGGAAUGCGGCCGAACGGCAUGAUACGUGGGUGCAGAAGCAACCGUUGCUGUUCACGUACACGGACGACGGUCGACAUAAGCAGCGACCGAUCCGGGACGCGAUCAGCAGUGCGAACAGGGCAAGACGUGCCUCGGCCAAGCGGAGCAGUCGGCGGAAAAAUGAACUCUGCCAGCGGAAGCCGCUGUACGUUGAUUUCAGUGAUGUUGGGUGGAACGAUUGGAUUGUGGCGCCGCCUGGGUACGAGGCAUACUUCUGCCAGGGUGACUGUCGGUUCCCGAUCGCGGACCAUCUGAACACGACGAAUCACGCGAUCGUGCAGACGCUGGUCAACUCGUACAAUCCGACGCUAGCGCCGAAGGCGUGCUGUGUGCCGACGCAGCUAUCCUCCAUCUCGAUGCUGUAUCUAAACGAGCAGAACAAGGUGGUGUUGAAGAACUACCAGGACAUGACAGUUGUUGGUUGUGGGUGCCGGUGAAAGGGAAGUGUAUGGGAGGGGGCAAGGGGAAGGCAUGUUUUCUGUGAGAAAACAG